AAAUUUACCCCCAAAUACCAAAAAACACGAAAAAAAACAUUCCAAGUUGUCUCUCAAAUUUCUUGUUGUUUUUCCUGUUAAGUGUAAAAUGAACCCAAUGGCAGCCUUAGGAGGAAUCCUGCCACUGCCAGCACCAGCCAACGCCUAUACGCCGCCGACAAACCCCAUUGUGGUGAUUGGGGAACAGUUCCUUGCCCCAUAUCCCGUGGAACUUAAAAUACAACAGAAAAUAUUUACACUUGCAGAAAAUAACUUUGAUGUUACCGACGUUAAUGGCAGCCUUAUUUUCAAGGUUAAAGGUAAAUUAUUCAGCAUUCGUGAUCGUCGCAUCCUGCUUGAUGCCGUUGGAAAUCCUCUCGUCUCUCUCAAACAGAAGAUAUUGACUGUGCAUAGGAGAUGGCAAGUUUUUAGAGGAGAAAGCAACAGCUCCGAUGAUUUGCUUUUCAGUGUGAAGAAAUCGUCUUUCCUCCAAUUGAAGACAACAUUAGACGUUUUCUUGGCUUCCAACACUAGUGAAUCAGUGCCUGAUUUCAGGAUCAAAGGCGGCUGGCAUGAGAGCGGAUGCACCAUCUAUGCUGGAGAGACCAUAAUUGCACAGAUGCAUAGAAAACACAGCUUGCAAACCGUGGUAUUCGACACAGACAAUUUUGGAGUGACUGCAUGCCCUAAUGUUGAUUACGCAUUUAUUGUUACUCUGGUGGUGAUUCUGGAUGAAAUCAAUGCCGAUCGUAGUGGUGACGACUGAACAUAAACUCCCUAAUCCUUAUCAUGUUACACCACUCUGCUUUCUCCCGUUGAGUUUGAGUGCAAACUUGCUGAUGUACCCACAUAUCAUUGUCUUUUAAC